UGUAAUCCUGCCGUUAAUGUCAAAGAUGGGAUUGUUGGGAGCUAUAGGCUUUUCUUUAGUAUUGGUGUCUCUAACUCAGAUACCAUUUACAGAUGCAGCAGGUUGCAAAAUUUUGUCAGCAACCGCCACAGGCCCCUCAUCCAUUAAGGUAAAAUGGGAGAAAUACGCCAUGGCAACAAGCUAUUUUUUGGACUUACGGGUAAAAAACAGAACAGAUUUUGCACCGGUCGUGGUGACCCUGCCACUGAAGAACAUAGAGUGGAAUGUCCAGGGUCUGAGACCAGGGAUGGAUUAUACUGUGACUCUCAAAGUCUUCCAGUACUACUUUGUGGUGUGUAAGGACACAGCUACAGCGGGCACAGGACCUGACACAUCGCAGAUCAAGGAGGGCAAGGCACUGACGAGUCGUUCGGUCUAUCUAAAAUGGAGUGACGUGCCCUCAACAGAUAACUACAUCCUGACCGUGUCCAGUCAAGCCACGGGAAAAAAGUUCAAUCUCACCUUCCCCAACACCAACAGCAGCGCUGUAGUGGAAAACCUCACGCCUUCCACCCACUAUGACUUCCACGUUUACACAGUUAACAAUGCUGGCAUGGGACAUACCAGCAAAGUGAGGACCAUCACGACUUUGGCGCAGCCUCCACAGAUUGUCACCGCCAUACAGACUGGCGACUUCACAGCAAGGGUGGAGUGGAGCGCAGUGAAGGAUGUCCUGAUGUACAAAGUUUCCAUCCAGAACAUCGACGAUCCCACCAGCACGCCAUCUGAGCAGGAAAUCCCAUACACACAGUUGGCUGUUAAUAACAUCCUUCCUUGUUCCACCUAUCUGAUAUCAGUUUCCUCGUUGAGCCAGUUCUUGGUGCCGAGCGAACCCACAACCCACACAUACAGCACCAACAAGCUCACACCAGUUUCAUCAGUCUCGGUGGACUACACCUGCGACACUAACUCUGCCACGAUACAUUGGUCGACUGUGGUUGGAGCCGACUCCUACAGGGCGAAGGUGACUGACCAAAACGGUGCCCAGCUGAUGUGCACAGACCAGGGCAGCAGCUGCCAGAUCACCGGACUGAACUGUGAUCAGAGCUAUACGGUGCAAGUAACUCCCGUAGCAGCGAACUGCGAGAACUCGAUGAGCAACAUCACAGCCACUUUUCACACUGUCCACUGUCCUCCUGGGAACCUGAGUUUGGUCCGAGAGUGUUCCAGUGAUGCCAUCCUCUUUUCCUGGGGGCACAUAGAUGACGCGGAAUACUACGAGGCCUUUGCAACAGACUCCAAGGGAGUGGUCAAGCCAUGUACUACUACAGAGAACUCCUGUUUUUUCACGAACAUGGCGUGUGGAGAACACUAUGUAUUCACAGUAUCAACAGUCACUGACACCUGCACAAGCCAGGCCAGCGCCGCUGUUGACGUCCGCACAGCACCAUGUGUUCCCACAAAUCUGCAAACAUCAUCCGACUGCAAAUCAGAUAUCCUGCUCAGCAAGUGGGAUCUGGCAGAGGGGGCGCUAAGUUACACUGUAGAGGCCUUUGGCAACCAGGGAGUCAACGACACGUACAACUGCAGCUCAGUGUCCAACAGCUGUGCUAUAGAAGGCAUCAAUUGUGGAGAACACUUGACUGUCUACAUCACAGCUUUUGAUGAUGAAUGCCCCAGUCCAAGCCAGCUGGGUACUGUGGCUGAGACCGGACCAUGCACUCCCCAGAAUGUGUCAGCGGUGAAGGAAUGUGGAGCUGACGCCAUCACAGCCACCUGGACCAUGACUGCUGGUGCAAUUUUCUAUGUUGCAAUCGCAAAGGACAGCAAUGGUGUCAGUCACCACUGUAACUCUUUUGAUCUGACUUGUAAGAUCAAGGGCUUGGAGUGCAGCACCAACUAUACAGUGUACGUCAUUGGCUCCAACUUUUUGUGCAACAGCUCUGAAAGCCAGAUGGUGACCUUAGAGACAGAUGCUUGCCCACCGAGUAACAUCGGUGCCUCCUUGGACUGUGCAGCCAAUGAGGCUCAUAUUUCAUGGUAUGGCCAGCCACAAAUCCACUCCUACACAGCCACCAUCGAGGAUGAAGACCAAGUACUUCUCAGCUGCAGCUCUUCUGUGUCCAACUGUUCAAUACCAAACCUGAAAUGUGGCACGCUCUACGCUCUUACUGUCCGCCACCACGAUGGCAUCUGCCCCAGUAUCCCCUCCGCACCCAUCACCUUUGAGUCUGUUCCUUGUGGGCCAGUCAACGUACAUGCCAAUGUGGACUGUGCAUCGGGUGGACUGAGCAUAUACUGGGACUCAUCCAAAAAUGCAGAAGGCUACCUCGCGGUGGUCUCAGGUAGCAGCGGUCAGACGUCACACAACACCUCACAGCCUAUGCUCAGUGUCAACACACUAGGGUGUGGAGAUGAGUACACGGUGACGGUGAUGUCCUUCAAUCGCUCCUGCAUCAGUUUUCCCACAGUCUUACCUGUCAGGGAAGCACCAUGUGCGCCCACUAAUGUGGUGGCGGAGAGGAACUGUGGUCAGAGUUUUAUGGAAGUGACAUGGCAAGCAAGUCUUGGAGCCAAAACCUACACGGCCAGUGCUGUGGGUACCACUGGCAUUGUCUUGACGUGUGAGUCCAACAAGACGUCGUGCAGCCUGGUGGGUGUAAUGUGUGGCCAGGUUUACAAUGUCAGUGUGGCCGCAGUGGACGACAACUGUACUGGCCCAGGGAGCCCCGUGGUGUCACAAACAACAGCACCCUGCCCCCCCUCUCAGCUCAAUGCCUCAGUGAACUGCAGUAGUAACUCAGUGGAGUUAACCUGGAGCAGCAGCCCCAAUGCAGUGUCCUACACCGGCAAAGCAGUGAGCUCAGAUGGACACAAUGUGACCUGUGAUGCAGGAACGGCGCUCAGCUGCCACAUGGAUGGGCUGCACUGUGGCAAGGAGUACACUUUCACGGUUUCAGCCUCAGAUGGUUACUGCCCGAGUCCUGACAGCAAUCCAGUCGUCCAAAAAACUGCUCCAUGCUCGGUUCAAAAUGUGCUCAGCAGCCUAAACUGUAGCACCAACACACUAACAGUCAGUUGGACACUUGAAUCCAUGCCGGUAAACUACAGCGUCACUGCCUUGCCCACAAAUGAAAGUGCAACUGUUCUUCGCUGCAUCAGCUCUAGCUCUAGCUGUACCCUGAUUAAUCUGGAGUGUGGAGAGCAGUACACUGUGACAGUCCAAGCCAUCAGCUACACAUGUGAAGGAUACAGCAGCGUCCCAGAGAUUGUUAAUUCUGUUCCCUGUAUUCCUAUGAGUGUCCAAGGCAUGAUGGAGUGUCCCACUCACACGCUGCAUGCGUCUUGGGAUGCACUGAGCCCUUCAAGUGCAGUGUCUUUUAUCUCAACUCUGAGCGGAGCAGGAGGUUUCUCUACUUCCUGUUCCACGACUGACAAGAGUUGCAUUUUUCCUGGCCUCCAGUGUGCUCAGACAUAUAUGCUGUCUGUGGUCGCUGUCAAUGACAGGUGUAACAGCUCGAAGAGCGAAAUAGUCUCAGCGACAACUGCGCCCUGUGAUCCUACAAGUGUGACUGCCGCACAGGACUGUAUGUCUGGUGUUGCGACGGUAACAUGGGGGGCCAGCGCUGGAGCAAAUUACUACUCUGUCCUUGCGGAGGCCAACGGACACGUUGACUCGUGUACUUCCACCAGCACGUCCUGUGAUCUGACUGAGCUGCAGUGUGGGCAGGACUACACUGUGACCGUACUCGCGGGGGAUGGAAAGUGCAACAGCUCCAUACUCGCCAAAACGAAUAUAACCACAGCUCCCUGUGCGCCAGUGAUUCAGACUCACAUUUUAGCCUGCGCCUCCAACCACGCCGUGGUCACCUGGGCUGAGGAUGAGGAUGCUCUGAAUGUUACAGUCGUCGCCAUUUCCACUCUUAGUCACUCAACAUCCUGCAGCUCCUCUUCGGUCACCAGUUGUACUCUGGAGGAGCUGCAGUGUGGACACACCUACACUGUCCAUGCUGUUGCACAAGGAAUCCGCUGUCAGAGCCAACACAGCACAACUAUUGAGAUCAUCACUGCACCCUGCACCCCUUCAAAUGUGGAGCAUAGAUACAUCUGCAACAGUGGCGUGGCCAUUGUCACCUGGGAUGAGACUAUGGGGAGACAGAGUUUCUACACACACGCCCAGUCUGGAGACCACAUGGACUCCUGUAGUGGCCAGCAGACCAACUGCUCACUGCAUUCAUUGCUCUGUGGCCGCACUUAUGAUGUGGAAGUGAUAGCUGUGGCUGACCACUGCAACAGCAGUGUCCCUGGGGUAACACAGAUAGAGACAGCCCCCUGUGCUCCCACAAAUGUGAGUGCCUCCCUCUUGUGUGACUUCAACACGGCAGCGGUCAGCUGGCAACACAGUACUGGCGCAAUUUCUUACACAGUGACAGCACUCGGGGGAGAUGGCGAUGUCAAACAGUGCACUACAAAUGAAACAAGCUGUUACCUACCCAACAUGCACUGCGCUGAGACCUACACCAUCACUGUCAGCCCGUUCUCUACAUGCAAGGGUGACGACAGCUCUGCAAUCACCUUCAUUGCAGGUCCCUGCCCUCCCACCAAUGUCCAUGUUUCCCUGCAGUGUGAGGGCAAUGUGGGCCAUGUAACCUGGGACGCUGCACUGCAAGCAGAGCAGUAUGUGGUCACUGCUGUGGAUGAUCACGCACACAACUGCACCUCCACCGGUACCAGCUGCUCCCUCACAGACCUCCACUGUGGGGAGACGGCUAUCGUCACCGUGGUCACCAUUGAGAGAGGCUGCACGAGCAAUCCCAGCCUGCCUUUCAAUUUCCAGUCAGUCGUCUGCCCCCCCACCAAUGUGAAGGGAGUGACCUCAUGUGGAAACAAUGACAUCACAGUGAGCUGGGACCCGACCCCUGAAAGUGGUGUAAGCUAUUUCCUACGCAGCGAAGAAGACGGCGGAGCCACGGCCGGCCACUCCACAAUGCAGAGGUCCUACGUGAUGACCGGACUGCAGUGUGGCGAGUUGUACACAAUCACAGUCACUGCCACCGACUCUGAGUGCACCAGUGUCCUCAGCACGCCAAUACACGCUGAAACAGCUCCAUGUCCACCAACUAAUCUUAAUGUCACCACUGAAUGCGGCACAAAUUUGGGAAUACUGACCUGGGAUCCGAGUCCCCACGCCAUCUCCUACAUAGCUACAGCGACUGGUACACACGGCCACGUAGUUUCCUGUACUUCCAAUACAACAACUUGCUCUGCGAAGCUGGACUGUGGACAUGAGUACACUGCGGUGGUUUUUGCCUCCAGUGCGACAUGCAACGGCAGUGCUGGGAACACCUUGACAUUUAUCUCAGCUCCCUGUCUGCCUGACAAUGUGGUCGCACACCUGGACUGCAAUGUCAACUCCUUUGCGGUGGAGUGGAGGGGAAGCAUUGGUUAUGUAGGCUAUUACACUGCCAUCGCCAUUGGAAGUGAUGACACACGCCUUGCUUGUAACUCCACAACCACUAACUGCACCAUCGAGAACCUCCAGUGUGGCGUCAUCUACAGCAUCGUCGUCACCACACCAACAGUGGACUGCGGCAUCAUCGAUGGCUCGGACUACAUGGUGCAGUCAGCGCCCUGCAAACCAGACAAUGUAAUGGUGAGUCUGGAGUGCAGCACUCACUUGGUAUCUGUGACGUGGGAAAACUCAGGCCCGAACCAGACUCAGGUGGUGACAGCGGUCGACAGUGCAGGAGUGAUCACCACAUGCAACUCGAGCAGCUCCAACUGCACCUUCGACGAUCUGACCUGUGGCGACAGCUACUCCAUCAGUGUGGUCGGCCACACAAAUUCAUGCAGCAUUGACCCACUUGCUGUCACAAGCCUCAACACAGCCCCAUGCGUUCCCACCAACCUCCGGGUUCAAAUAGACUGCCUGAGCGGUCAAGCCACGGCCAUGUGGAACUCUGCGCUUGGUGCCACAUCUUACACCGUCUAUGCUCACGGCACUCUUGGCUACCACACGACUUGUAACAGCACAGGCACCACCUGUUCCAUGAACAACCUGGCAUGUGGGCAAGACUACAACUUCACUGUAGUGGGUCUUCACGACUCCUGCGCCAGUUUGGUCAGUGAGUCCGUCACUCAGUCCACAGGUCCUUGUCCCCACAGUGGUCUAAUGACCACAAUGGACUGCAAAACUCACACUGCCACUGUGUCCUGGACGCCUGGCAGUGGCAUCUUGUACUACAAUGCCUCAGCCGUUCCGUCUUCCAGCGCACCACAGCAGACCUGCUCCACCGGUGGCUCCUCCUGUAACAUCACCUCUCUGCAAUGUGGAGAGACCUACAUUGUGUCGGUCAGUGGACAGGGACAUAACUGCCCCAGCCGAGCCCAGGAGUGGAACAGAAUCACCUCAGCUCCCUGCCCUCCCAUCAACCUUAGGGUCUUCUCCAUCUGUGAAUCAAAUGACAUCAUGCUGAUGUGGCAGCCCUCGGUGGGCUCGGCCUCCUACAUGGCUGUGGCUGAGAAUGCAGAGGGCAGCAAGUGGUCCUGCAACACCAGCAGCACCAGCUGCCAGAUAUUCCAAUUGCCCUGUGGGCAGCAGUACCACGUCUACGCUGUGGGUGUGGAUGAUACGUGUUUUGGAGACAAGAGUAACGUCAAAGUGUUUAGUACAGCUCCUUGUGUGCCACAGAACAUACAGCACCAUUUGGACUGUCGGGAUGGUGUCCUAAACAUCACCUGGGAGUCCACGGGACACGCUUUACAGUUCUGUACCUCCCUGUCCAGCAGUCAAGGCCACAUCAGCACCUGCGUGGCAGAUCAGCAUCACAGUGUAAUGAGCAACCUGCAGUGUGAUAUGAUGUACAACGUUUCAGUCAUGGCCAUGGAUAACUCCUGCAACAGCUCCCAUAGUCCCCAAGAACAGAUCUUUACAGCUCCCUGCCCUCUCUCGUCCUUCCUUACUACCACUGACUGCAGCACCGGAGUUGUGUCCGUGGCCUGGAACGCCAGCGUGGCGGGAGUCGUGCACACGGUGACGGCGGUUGACAAAAUGGGUUACAGGCACAAUUGCACUGGCACAAGCAGCAGCUGUGACCUGAGCCCACUGGAUUGUGGGACAGAGUACAACAUCACCAUCACACCGUCCAGGGAUGGAUGUGUGGGCAGAGACAGCCUCACACAAAUGAUCACAACAGUUCCCUGCAUACCCAAGGUCUCUGAUGUGGAGAUCGACUGCCUGUCGAACUCAGCCUGGCUGAUGUAUGAGGAGUCUACAGGGGCUGAGGACUAUGUCUCUGUGGUGACAGACAGCCAAGGUGCCGUCCAGACGUUUGUGUGCAAUGACUCAUCAGAGGGGGUGUGUUCUCUGCCGGAGCUGAAGUGCAGCCAGAACCUCACCUUCGCCCUAAUGGCACGUGACCAUCAGUGCUCCAGUUCACCCAGCAAUGCUGUCACAUCAGAGACAGCUCCAUGUCCCCCAGCAAAUGUAGAAACUACAGUGUCCUGUGACAUCGCCGCAGUCAAUAUCACCUGGUCAGCAGUUUAUGGCGCAGUAAAGUACAAGGCCACACUGGAGGACAUGAAUGGACAAACAACUUGCUGCAGCACAGCAGACAAUAGCUGCAGCAUCAGUGACCUCGCAUGUGGAGAAUUCUACACACUGCACCUCAUGGCUGAGGGACGAGUCUGCAACAGCUCCCAGAAUGAAAUGCACAUCACCAGGACGGUGUUAUGCAUUCCUGACAACCUCGAAGCCAGUUUGAACUGCAUUAACAAUGUUGCCACCAUGACGUGGGACUACAGCAAAGGCUGGGGUCUUUACCGAGUGAGAGCUGUGAGUGCCGAUGGCCACGAGGACGAGUGCAUCUCCUUUCAGAAGGAGUGCGAGCUGACAGGCCUACGCUGUGGGCAGCUCUACAAUGCGACUGUGACAGUAGAAGACCAAGGCUGCAAGAGCCGACCCAGUGAAAGUGUGACCAUCAAGACAGCGCCGUGCACCCCAGAAAACAUCUCCUCAGUGGUGGACUGUGAGGCCAAUUCCCUGGUUGUGAGCUGGUCCGAGAGUGCAGGAGCUGACUCGUACGUCGCCACAGUGCAUGACAGCUACGGUCAGACCACAACCUGUCAGGGCGCAACGGAGGGCAGCUGCAAUGUGGCUGGGAUCGGCUGCGGCCAGAUCUACCGCAUCUCUGUGAUCUCUUCUGAUGGUCUAUGUGACAGCCCAACCAGUCAUGUGGUUGAAUUGCCCUCAGUUCCCUGCGAACCAACACAUAUCCAGGCAUAUUUUGACUGCCCCUCGCAGACCGCCAGGGUGGCGUGGUAUGAGAGUGACGGAGCAUUGUCGUACGUGGUGAACGCUGUUGCCGCGUCAGGCAACGUCACCCUUGACACCAACAUGACCAACUGUAAGCUGGAAGGGCUGCGCUGCGGUGAGAGCUACUCUGUGUCUGUGAGCGCAGUGGGACAUAAAUGCAGCAGCGUUGCACACGUAACAGGACAACUGUUGACUGAGCCAUGCAUCCCUGAAAACAUCACCACAGUGUACAACCAUGGCAUCGGCCAGGUAAUGUGGGACUUGGCGGUUGGUGCUGAUAACUACUCAGUGGAGGGAAUGACAGCGCAGGGCCUACUCAUCUCUUGCAACACUAGUGAUAACAACUGUGCCUUGUAUGACCUGCAAUGUGGCCAGUCGUACAACAUCAGUGUCACAGCAAACAACCAGGUGUGUCAAGGCAUGACCACCGCGACCAAUGCAGCUGACAUUACAACAGAACCUUGCCCACCCAACAAUGUGCAGACCAGUGUCGACUGUCAGACCAACACGGGAACCGUGACGUGGGAGGCCAAUUUUGAUGCGGUUGGCUUCAUGGUCCAACUCGCUGGGCAAGAUGGCCACUCCCUGUCCUGCUACAAUGUUGACACCUUCUGUAACAUAGAAGAUCUUCACUGUGGAGUGACCUACUACACCAGCGUCAUUGCCAUCGGAGAGACGCUCAACAGCAGCGCCUCCAACACUGUUUUACUCGUCGCAGCUCCCUGUGUAACUGUCCACGUGUUGGCUGACAUGAACUGCGACAACAACUCAGCUGUAAUCUCCUGGAACCCGAGCGACGGCGCCACCUCGUACAUCAUGACUGCCGUAACACUUGAGGGCUACCGAGCUUCCUGUGAGACCAGUGACCUCCAGUGUCAACUCACCGAGCUGCAAUGUGGUCUGACAUACACCAUCAGCCUCACAACCAUUUGUGACCACUGCCAAGUCGAGAGGCAGACUGCGGUCACCUUCAGCACACGUCCUUGUCAACCCAUGUAUCUGCAAGUGGACCAACAGUGUGGGACGGGUACGGCCAACCUUUUCUGGGAAGAAGCUAAGGGAAUGAAGCUCUACGUGGUGACUGCAACCUGCAGCAUGCACACUCUGCACUUUAACUCCACCAACUCCACCUGUGUGUUCCCCGACCUGCUUUGUGGGGAAACCUACGAAUUCUCUGUGACUGCGUAUGUUGAUGGUUGUUCCAGUGAAACCAGCAGCACUGUGACGAUUCAGACAGAACCCUGCCAGCCAACUGGCCUGAUGGUCUGGGGGACAUGUGACAACGACACGGUGGCACUGCAUUGGUCGGCAGCUGCGGGAGCGUCAAACUAUAUGGUGGAGGCUAUGGGAGACCUGGGGUACGUCAUGUUCUACCAAACAAAUGAGACAACGAUCGAUGUUCAUCUGCCCUGUGGACAACUGUUUAGCUUCACUGUGAAAGCCCAGGAUGAUCGAUGUUUCAGCCACAUGAGUCUGCCCGCAGAAUUCAAGACAACUCCCUGCGUCCCGAUGCAUGUCCAGAGCAUCAUCCACUGUGACAACAGUAUGGGUAUGCUCAGCUGGGCCAGCAGCGACGGAGCAGAGAUGUACUUGGCCUUUGCAACGGAACCGCAUGGCACCGUCCACUCGUAUAGCACAAACACCACCAGCGUCACCUGGAAUGACUUGCAAUGUGGAAAGGUCUACACAGUUCAAGUCAUUGCCAUGGACUACAACUGCAGCAGCUUGCCAAGCAACACAACCUCAAUACGGAUGGCUCCAUGCAUACCAUAUGGCUUGACAUCAUCAAUAAACUGCAGCACAAAGGUGGUAUCACUGACGUGGAAUGGCACUGAAGAGGCAGACCUCUACCUCGUGACUGCAGAGACCAGCAGUGGCCACAAAGUGCAGCUCUCUACCAACGACACCUGGACUUACUUUUCAGAAUUCCAGUGUGGUCAGGAUUACUAUCUGUCUGUUCAGGCGGUCGACUCUGAGUGCACAAGUCAACCCAGUCAGCCCUUGGUGCUUAAGUCAGAGCCUUGCCCACCCACUGGCAUCUCCAGCUCCAUGAACUGCCUCUCAAACAUUGCUUUGGUGUCGUGGAUCAGCUCAGCUGAUGCUGACUUCUACACUGCCACAAUUACACUGGAGGAUGGCCAGUCUAAGAGCUGCUGGUCCGCCGGUGAGCCCUGCGGCAUUUCUAACGUCGCCUGUGGAAAGAACUACACCGUGACUGUGGUUGCCUCCAAUGAUGAGUGUAACUCUGACCCCAGUGAGCCUACGAUCCUGCAAUCAGUGCCUUGUGUUCCUACUGACAUGGACGUGUCGAUGGACUGCUCUGCAAACGAAGCCGUUGUGUCCUGGAGUGCCAGCAAUGGGGCCCUGUUUUACCAAGUGAUGGCUCAGAGCACUCUGGGAGAUUUCUCCGCCUGUGACAGCACAAAUGAAAUGUGUCGUUUGACCAACCUGACCUGCGGGCGGACCUACUUUGUCCAGAUGAUAGCAGAGGACAAUAUCUGCUCCAGUUUGGCUAGUCCUUCUAAGGAAUUCAAAUCAGUUCCUUGCACCCCUGCCAUCGGCAAUGUGGUUCUGGACUGUGUCACUAACUUCAUUAACGUGGCCUGGACCUCCUCAGGAGGUGCCCUGGAUUACACAGCAACAGCCCGUGCUUCUAACGGCCAUGCGUCCACCUGCAGCUCCAACUUGACCAACUGCGAGAUACAGAAUGUGCAGUGUGGCCUGAUCUAUAAUGUGAUUACUGUUGCCUCCAAUGAGCAGUGCGACAGUUCUCCAAGCACCAGUCUGGAGGUGGAGUCAGUCCCUUGUCCUCCUGCUAACGUUGAGGCCGUCCUGAACUGCUCUACUAACACGGCCCAGGUUGAGUGGCAGGCCAGCGUGGGGGCAGACUCCUACAUUGUGGAAGCAUUUGGCAUGGAGGAACAUGAAGCCAGCUGUAAGACGACAUCACAGUCCUGCCUCCUCCCUGACCUCAUGUGUGGCUACACCUACAACAUCAGUGUGCUUGCCGUCAAUGACAAGUGCAAUGUAUCGCGGAGUGCCACUACGCAGCUACAAGCAGUACCUUGCGUACCACAGAUGGUGGAAGCCCACCUGAAUUGUGAGUCCGGUGCUGUGGCCGUCUCUUGGGAGGCAAGCAAAGGGGCGUCGUCAUACACCACAGUUGCCCAGGGCAACGGUGGCUAUGCCUCAACAUGCAACAGCAGCGAGCCGACGUGCGUUUUCAGCGACUUGCUGUGUGGCCUCAACUACUCCAUCACUGUUUCGGCCUCAGACGAGACGUGUAGAAGCGGCGAAAGCUCUGAUGUGGACAUUAGCUCAUUGCGGUGUGUACCACAGCACGUGAGCGCAGUGAUGAUCUGCAGCAAUGACACGGCCGUGGUGAGGUGGGACGAGGAAGAGGUUAUGUCCUCAUACUUGGUGCAAGCCUCUGGGCCUGGCGGUCACAUGACUACAUGCAACAGCUAUGAAAACAGUUGUCAGCUGCACAGUCUGCACUGUGGUCAACUCUACAACCUGACAGUGACCACUCUGGAUGGACAGUGUGACAACAGUCACGCGUACCUGGACCUGCUCUCAGUGCCCUGCACCCCCACUAAUGUCCAGGCUACCCUACAGUGUGACUCAAACACUGUUGCAGUGACAUGGGUGCAAGCCAGUGGAGCAAUGUCCUAUGUUGCAGUGGGUGUCACAGCAGAUGGAAGUCAUCAGACGGAGUGUAACAGCACCAUGACCCACUGUGAUCUGAGUGACCUUCAGUGUGGACAGACCUACCAUGUGACCGUGUUCGGCCUCGAUGAGUACUGUUCAAGUGUAGCGAGUGACGUGUCUUACGUUAGGACAGCUCCUUGUACACCUCAGAAUGUGAUCGUUAAUACAGAGUGUGCUGAAGGUGCUUUAACCAUCUCUUGGGCUCCGAACCCUGAUGCCCAGUACUUCCAUGCGCUGGCUGUUAGCAAGACUGGGGCGAGACACUACUGUAACUCCACCGGCACUUCUUGCACUAUUAACAAUCUACCAUGUGGACAGAAAUACAACGUCACUGUGUUGUCUGUAAGAGAUGGCUGUGAGAGCACGCUGAGUGCUGUGGUGAAGACAUGCUCAGCUCCGUGUUCGCCGAGCAAUGCCACGGGCGAUCUGGACUGUGUGGCGAACUCGGCCAACGUGAUGUGGGAAACGUCUGAAGGGGCACAUCACUAUUUAGUGUACGCCGAAGGAUCGGACGGACACAACUCCAGCUGCACCAGCACCUCCUCUCACUGUGAAGUCUUGGAUCUGAACUGUGGGACACGUUACACCUUCCGCGUCACUGCUGCCAACACACACUGCCACAGUAACCAGAGCAGCAUCUUUGAGCUUGUGACAGGUCCUUGUGCUCUGACCUCCGUUAGUGUAGAGACACAAUGCAACAGUGACACCAUCCUGGUUGAAUGGGAUAAUACAGUGGACACAACCGACUACGUGGUGACUGCCGAGAAUCAGAACCACACCCUUAUUUCCUGUCACAGCUCCUCUGAUUCUUGUCUGUUGGAGAACAUCACCUGCGACAUGCAGUACAGCGUCAUCGUGUCCGCUACCUCUGACAAAUGCAGCAAUCUCAGAAGUCCACCAACGAAGAUCAAAACAGCACCGUGUGUACCAGCAAAUGUGACAGUGGAACACUUGUGUGAGGAGAAUGGGGCUGUGGUGACGUGGGGAGCCUCUCCUGUGGCCAUAUCCUACCUGCUCACAGCCACAGGAGAAGAUGGACAUGUCGCCACCUGCAACACCCCAGUGAGCAACUGCAACUUGGCUGAUCUGCACUGUGGCCAGUUGUACGACUUGAACAUCACUGCCAGUGGAGACAACUGCACCAGCAUGCCUUAUUUGUCAUCCUUCCAAACAGUGCCCUGUCCAUCAUCUGGUCUCACGGUGAAUAUCGACUGUCAGGACAACUCUGCCAUCCUGUCAUGGAAUCCCACUGCGGGCGCUGUCAUGUACUAUGGCCGUGCUCAACCUACGGAUGGAGACGCUCUCUACUGUGAAAGCACUACUCCUUCCUGUACCUUUGAAUAUCUGGAGUGUGGGAAAAUUUACAAUUUCUCAGUGGAAGCCUCUAACAGCGUCUGCAACGGCUCAUGUAGUGAACCUCUGGAGGCUGGAGCAGUUCCAUGUCCUCCGACUUCUCUGAAGGUCCGCAUGCAGAGGAUUGAAAAAACAUAUUGGGCCAUGACAACAUGGGACCAUGUCAAUUGCUCCCAUGUUGAGUAUCGAGCAGACAUAUCCGGCCUUAUCCAAAAUAACCCACAGGCCCAGAUGGAUGUCUUUUCUUAUUGGUGGCCCAGACAAUACUUUGAGUUUCCCAUGCCUUGCAGCACAGCUUAUAAUCUCACUGUCCGUGCCAGAAACUCUGCUGGUGCCGGCAUGCCUUCCAGUGCCCUAUCUGGAGUCACAGCCCCCUGUCCUCCACAGAAUGUGAGAUACAGCGGUAACUCACAGUCUGCUGUGCUCACCUGGGACGCGUCAGUGUUUGCUACAAUGUACACCGUCUACAGUACAGCAGAUGGAAACCGCACCGAGCUUUGCAACACCACUGGACUCUUCUGCCCUCUGACAGACUUCAAUUCCAGUGCCACUGAAGUGACAGCUAGCAAUGAUGUGGGGGAAAGCAACCCGAACCAAAUGAUUACAGGUCCAGUAGUAAGUCGCAGAAGAAGGGAUUUUCGGAGCAGUCUAAUCCAGGCCAAUUUAGGGCAAGAUCUUGACGCUCCAAAUGUAGAGAUAGAAUCACUCAGUGAAGUGUCUAUGCUCGUGAAGUGGACGCUGGUGGACGAUGCAACCGAGUACACACUCGUCACACUUGUACCAUACGUUGCGCAGCAGGAUAAUGAGUCAGUGAACGUGAAAACCGUGAAUGUUGAAUAUUCCUUAGAGACUGAUCUGAAGAGCUGGACCACCUACUGCUUCAGGGUUGCAGCCAAAAAUGCUUUAAACCAAAGCAGCUACUCCAGGCCAGUGUGCAAAACCACAGGUGGCUCCAAAUGAAACACCACACACAGUUUAAAUAAAUACCCUGGACUCAGCAGUGACAUCAGACUGGUUAUAUGUCUGUCUUCUCCACUCUUUAGUGCCAUGAAAAGAGUCGUUACCUAUAACUUUAAUGGGGAAACUAUAAAAAUAAAGUAAUUACAACUGCAAAGCUACAGCGGAAUUCUUUUGUGUGGGGUCUAUGUCUUACAUGUCACUAAUAAAUUAUGAUCAAACCUGAGGAGAACCUUUUGAUUUGAAUGCUUAUGAAUCUUUGUUAGCAAUAGGUUGCAUACAUUCUCAUAGUUGUGGCUGGUAUCAUAGCAACAAGAGGCUUCAUAGCUGUCUUACUAAGUAUUGCUAAAAUUAUAUUUAUCAUAAAUGCUUUUAUUUUUGAGUUAGGAUAUUAGAUUCUCUGGAUGAUUGUUCAACAGAAACGUAUAAUUUAUCAAGCAAUACUUCCGAUGUUAUUAAACUGGCAGUUUUUUUUUUUUAAACAAUCCCAGAAAUAAAGGAAUACAAAUAAAAAUGUGAAACAUUAAAACACCCCCCUGUAUAAACA